UGCAGGAUGCGUCCACUGGCUCUCUUUAGUGUACUUGUGAUGGUCUCCGUCACACAGGCUCGGCCUCAGCUUCCUCAUGCCUCCUCAGAGAUGGUCGAGCUUAUCAACAAGGCCGACACCACCUGGACAGCCGGUCAGAACUUUCACAACAUCGACAUCAGCUAUGUGAAGGGACUGUGUGGGACUAUACUGAAUGGACCCAAGCUGCCAGAGGUGGUUCACAGUACCGCGGGCAUAAAGCUUCCAGACAGCUUCGACGCGCGCCAACAGUGGCCCAACUGUUCCACCAUCCAACAGAUCAGAGACCAGGGAUCAUGUGGGUCCUGCUGGGCCUUUGGGGCAGCGGAGGCGAUAUCCGACAGGUUAUGUAUCCACAGCAGUGGUAAGAUCUCUUUGGAGAUCUCUGCUGAAGAUCUACUGUCCUGCUGUGAUGAAUGCGGCAUGGGCUGUUUUGGUGGUUAUCCCUCGGCUGCUUGGGAGUUCUGGGCAAAGAAAGGGCUGGUGACAGGAGGCCUGUACGGCUCCAACGUUGGCUGCCGACCCUACAGCAUUGCUUCCUGUGAGCAUCACGUGAAUGGGACUCGUCCUCCUUGUCAGGGCGAAACGGAGACUCCUAAGUGUGAAGAGCAGUGCAUUGAUGGAUACUCGCCAUCCUAUCAGAAGGACAAACACUUGGGCAAAAGCUCCUACAGCGUCCCAUCCAAGCAGGAGCAGAUCAUGACCGAGCUGUACAAGAACGGGCCUGUGGAGGCAGCUUUCUCUGUAUAUGCAGAUUUUCUGCUGUACAAGACUGGUGUGUACCAGCAUGUGACAGGUGAUAUGCUGGGCGGUCAUGCCAUCAAGAUCCUCGGUUGGGGGGAGGAGAAUAAGACGCCCUACUGGCUGGCUGCAAACUCCUGGAACAGUGACUGGGGAGAUAAAGGUUUCUUCAAGAUCAAGCGUGGAAAUGAUGAGUGUGGUAUCGAGUCAGAGGUGGUUACAGGAAUCCCUAAGAUAGCUUCAUCAUCUGAGUUCUUUUGAUUUUAAAUCAAAAAAACUGAAGCGUAAACAUGUAAAGGUAUUGUGUGCUUGUAUAUGCUCUUCGCGGUGUGCUUGGUUGCCAUGUAAAUUAUGCAGUACAUCAGAGGUGAAAAAGCUGACGCUGUAAAAAGUACUUGAGGUAUUAUGUACCCGCUGUCAAUAAUUGAAUAGCGUUUUUUGAAUUUGCACGUGUUGUUCUCUGCCUUUUGUUUCCCCCCCACUGAUGCACAUUGUUUGGGAAUGGGCAAUAGAUUUUAAAUAAAUGUAUCUAGUUCGUAGUUCGAGGUGGCCAUUUGUUUUGAGUUUAGUCACUGAAUUUAUCCCGCUUGGUGUGUCAACUGAAUGUCUUUUCAAAUUAGUCGAGACCAUGUAGAGGGUUUUUAAUAUGCGUGUGUGUAACACCAAUAGUGCAUUGAUGAAUUAAAUGCAUAAUUUUAUAAUGACAAUACCAAGGGAACGUAUGAUUUAUGUCACUAUUACUAGAAGCUGCAGUUAGAGAAAUGUGAAGCUUAUAGCGGCAAAUGUUGGUAAUUGUUGGCAUAUUGAGUUUAUUUGCUCAUCAGCUCUUUGCAGAUGUUAACCACUUUCACUUUAAUUGAUGUGUAUUUUCAAUGGACAAAUGCUGUUUUUAUUUGUUUCCACUUUCCCUUCUGUAUGAGCUGUAACCACAAUCACAGAGUGUUUGCAAUAACAGUUAAGAUUGUUAGCCUUCGUCUGAAAGAACUUUGGGCAUUAUGAACAAUCUAUUUGGGUUUUUGUGAAAUACACUUGAAUUAAAGAAUGAUAGAAAUGAAAA